AUGAAAGAAUUUGAGGAGCUCUUGGCUUUGGCCGCGAUUUUCUGCGGACCGGAAGAGUGGGAGGUGUUAAGCCGCUCAGAGACAGAUGGCACCGUGUUCAGAAUUCACACAAAAGCCGGAGGACUUAUGGAUGUGGAUGUACCCUUAGAACUUGUGUUUCAUUUACCUGUCACUUACCCUUUGUGUCUGCCUGGUAUCUCGGUUAACUCUGAACACCUGACCAGGGCCCAGUGUGCGACUGUGAAAGAGAAGUUACUUGAGCAAGCAGAGAACCUUUUGUCAGAACCUAUGAUUCACGAGCUUGUUCUUUGGGUUCAGCAGAAUCUCAGACACGUCCUCAACCAACCAGAAACUGGAAGCAGCAGUGAAAAGUGUACUUUUCCACUGAGCACAACUGUGGACGAUGAACUGUGGGUAACUCUUUUGCAUUUAGAUCACAUGAGAGCAAAGACUAAAUACAUCAAAACUGUGGAGAAGUGGACUUCAGAUUUAAGGCUGACAGGAAGACUGAUGUUCAUGGGUAAAAUAAUACUGAUUUUACUGCAGGGAGGCAGAAACAACAUCAAGGAGUACCUGAUUCUUCAGAAAACCUCCAAAGUAGAUGUGGACUCAAGUGGAAAGAAAUGCAGAGAGAAAAUGAUUAGUGUCCUGUUUGAAACAAAAGUACAGAUGGAACACAAAAGGUUUCUGGCAUUUGAAGUCAAAGAGUAUUCAUCAUUGGACGAGUUACAAAAGGAAUUUGAAACAGCAGGACUGAAGAAUCUUUACUCUGAAUUUGUACUUGGGCUGGUAAAGUGA